CCGCCAUUUCUCGUCGAGUCACACGAGGGGCAUUUUUUGGUAGUGACUCCCCGGCUGUCGAAACCGUCCGUGACUACAACAUCUUCAAGAAUCGACUACGUCGAACGCGGAAAACAUGCUCGACGUCCAGGAUUUCAUCACCGAGCGCGGUGGCAACCCUGAGCUGAUCAGGGAGUCCCAGCGCCGUCGGUACGCACCCGUGGAGGUCGUCGACGAGGUCAUUGCCAUGUGGGAGGACCACCGCAAGACACAGUACGAAGCGACUCAGAUCAACAGCAAGAUCAACGAUACCCAAAAGCAGAUCGGCGCAAAGAAGAAGGCCAAGGAAGACGCCACUGAGCUCCUCCAACUGAAGGCCAACUUUGAGACGGAGAAGAAAGCCCUGCUCGACCUUGCCAGCCAAAAGGACAUUGCGCUCAAGGCCAAGAUCAACACCAUUGGCAACAUUGUCGACAACUCCGUUCCCGUCAGCGACAACGAGGAUAACAACACUGUGCAAAGGACGUGGUGUCCUCCCGGCGUCACGGUGGAGAAGAAGGAGGGCGUUCUCUCGCACCACGAGGUCCUCCUCCGGCUCGAUGGCUACGACCCCGACCGUGGUGUGAAGGUUGUUGGACACAGGGGCUACUUCCUCCGCCAAUGGGGCGUCUUUCUCAACCAGGCGCUCAUCAAUUAUGGCCUCGAAUACCUCAGCGGCAAGGGCUUCGUCCCUCUGCAGACUCCUCAGUUCAUGCUCAAGGACUACAUGGCCAAGACCGCCCAGCUGGAGCAAUUCGACGAGGAGCUUUACAAGGUUGUCGAUGGCGAGCCGCAAAACGACAAGUACCUGAUUGCCACCUCAGAACAACCCAUUUCUGCCUUCCACGCCGAUGAGUGGCUCGUUGCCAAGGAUCUCCCUCUCAAGUAUGCCGGUUUCAGCACAUGCUUCCGGAGAGAGGCUGGCUCCCACGGUCGUGACGCCUGGGGUAUCUUCCGUGUCCACCAGUUCGAGAAGGUUGAACAAUUCGUCUUGACUGACCCCGAGAAGUCUUGGGAGAUGUUUGAUGAGAUGAUUGCGGCAUCUGAAGGAUUCUACCAGUCCUUGGGCAUUCCUUACCAGGUCGUCGCCAUUGUCUCAGGCGCGCUCAACAACGCCGCUGCCAAGAAGUACGAUCUUGAGGCCUGGUUCCCUUUCCAGGGCGAAUACAAGGAGCUUGUCUCGUGCUCAAACUGCACAGACUACCAGUCCCGCGCUCUUGAGAUCCGCUUUGGCACCAAGACGCAGACCGACAUCAAGAAGAAGUAUGUUCAUGCGCUCAACUCGACGCUUUGCGCCACCGAGAGAGCCCUGUGCUGCAUCCUCGAGAACUACCAGACCGAAGAGGGUUUGCGUGUCCCCGAGCCGCUGCGCAAGUAUCUCCCAGGCGCACCCGAGUUCAUUCCCUUCAGUAAGGAGCUGCCCAAGGAGACUGUCGCCAAGAAGGGUGUCAAGGACAAGAAUGCCGCCAAGGCCAAGCCCGCGGAGGGUGCACCGGUCAAGCAGAAGGUUGUGGAGGCUGGACAGGCCGCUGCAGCUGCCGUGUCUGAUGCUGCGGAGAAGGUCAAGAACCUUGCUGUCUAAAUGUUAGCAGAGUGCAGAUAGACAACAAAAGCGAUUACAGAUUCCCAUGUGAAGCUGGCUCGACUCCCAAGUGAUACAAAGGAGUUGGACACUUGGCACGUCACGAGAAAGUAUGCAGAUAAGCUUUUGG